AGUACUCCUUUUCUUUUAGUUAUUUUAGUUGACAUAUUGCAAAAUUAAAAAGCAGUCAUGCUGGUUGUGAACAUUACACCAGAAUCAGUCCCAUCCAGACACAUUUUUUACAUCCUCUUUUGGAUUUGGUGUCACUACCUGUUUACAGACCACACAGUUUUCCACUGGUGACAGCACUUCUGUUUUAAAAGUUGUGCAAAAAGAGGAACAAAAUUGUGUGUGCUCCAGUUAUUGCUUACACUGUCUGCAGUGAAUAAAGAGAAUUUAUUCUGAGGUUGCUGCAGUUGUUGUAAUGGAAUGUUAGGUUAUGUGACUAUCCACAUCUUAUACUGAUUCUGAAAGGGAAUAUAGUGAACUCUGCUGGUUAGUGAGCCUCUAGCACUGAUCAACAUGUUGGCAGAAGGCAUCCUAACUGGAAUCAUAUACAAAGAAAGAAAACAGAACAUAGAUAAACCCCACAAAUGUCACAUAAACAGAAAAGAUGAAAGGGAACCCUGGAAAGAUCACCUUAUAGAUAUACCAGCAAUUAAAGAUUUUGCUUCAGAAUCUGAGAAGCAGAAUGAGAUCAUUGCAAAAGGUAGCAAAAUUGAAAACAAUAAAGAUCUUCAGUGGACAUCUAAAGGAGAGCUACCUGCAAAAGAACAUAAUGCUCAUGUUAAAGGAACCAUAUCUGCAGCUUUACAUAUACCAGGAAGAGAACAAAAUCAUGAAAUCCAGCUGGAUUUGUAUAGAUCUUGGUCAUGCCACAGUAUUUAUCAAAACUAUCCUGACUUACAUAUUGGAGGAGACCAUGUAGGAGGCUAUAUGCAGGAUUCAGGUUGCAUUAUGGACCACAUAAGUGAUGAACUUGUUGAUGGCCCUGUUUUACUGUCAGGAGAUAUUCUAUUGGGUCGUUCCCCUCAAAAUGAGCCUCUUGAAAAAACAGCUACAAAGUCCUUGAAUGGUGAUGAAGGUGGAGAAAGGAGUAUGACACUCCACAAGCAACCUCUUUCGAAUUCCGUGCUGAACAAUUACAUGGACACAAAGGUGCAAGAGCUCUAUAAACAGUUUUUUGAAGAGAACCUGACCAGGUGUGGUUCUGUAACAAACCUUCUGACUUCCAGUUUGAUCAUGAAUAACCUAAAUCAGAUAAACCUUCAGAUCUCCCAAGAACAGACUAUAGAAAAAUCUAAAGCUAGAGAAGUGCUCUUACAGUCUCUAGCUUUGUUUAGUUUCCACAAUGCUGCCAGUGGAAACAGCUCUGAAUUUAGCACUCCAAAUUUACAGUUCUCAAACUCACUAAGCAAGAGAAAGAGCUCCCGGAUACAGUUUACAUCAUGACUGAACUGUUUGGUUACAGCAGUGGUUCUCAAACUUUUGUAGUGGUGACCCCAUUCACACAGGAAGCAGCUGAGUGCGAACCCCUUAUAUUAAAGAAGUGUUUAAUUUAUAUUUAAAACCAUUAUAAAUGCUGGAGACAAAGCAGGGUUUGAAGUGGAGGCUCACAGCUCGCAACCCCCCAUGUAAUAAUCUCGCGACUACCUGAGGGGUCCUGAUCCUUAGUUUGAGGAUCCCUGAGUUACAGCCUAGUCUUCAGCUGCCGUCUCUUCUCUUUCAGGAUUAGUUUGUGAAAUGUGCCAAAAUUAGACACUACUGACUUCUUAAAAUAAAUUUUGACAUUUAAACCACACUUUGUCUGUGGUGCCACUUCAUUGCUUGUUACCGGGCUAAGAUAACGGUCAUGUGCCUUUGUGUUGUUGAAUGUAAUCCAAAUGAAAUUUUUUACAAAAUCCUAUUGAGCCAAAUUUUCAAAGUGGCUUAAGACCAGCUUCUAAAGAGUCCAUCCCUGCCAACACCUAGUAUGUGAGUAAUUAUACAUAGGACUAGUACUUACUCAGUCAAAGUUAGUCACGUGCAUUAAUGUAGGUAAGAUUGUCCUCUAAGAAAUUAAUCGAGAACCCAAUGAAAUCGAUGGUUAGACUCACACUGAUUUCAGUGGUCUUUGGAUCAGGCCAUAAAUUUCAACCCAUAAUUUUGUGCAUUUAAAUUUAGAGGUUGCUAUUGCAGAUUUCACCCAUUAUGUCUGAGAAAAUGGCCUUCUGUUUUGAAAAUCCUGUUUAACAAUUUGGUUUAUUCUGCAUAGCAUUUUACAUAUAUCAGAUGUAUAUAAAAAUGUUUAUCAGAGAGGAAACCCAAUGAGCACACUGUAUAGCAGCAGCGUCCAAUAUUUUCGCCACUAUCCACAUGUGGCUAAUAGGCUACUGAAUUAUGGCUAAUGCAUGUGGCUUUUUUAUAAUGUGGCUAAUAAGAAAAAUUCAAAACCACAAGUGUGGCUAGCAGUGUGGCUAGCAUUGAAUUUCUAUUGGACACCGCUGCUCUAUAGAAAGAUGCUAUGUGCAUUUAUAUGAGGUUAAUAAUACAUGUUUUGUAUUAUACAGGUAGAGUAUAUUACAAUGGAAAACUACAGAUACAUCAGCUUCUAAAAAUUUAACAGAUCAAGUUUAUAAAACGUUAAAAGUAUUUCAGUUACUGUAAAGGUGUCAUUUCUAUUCAUUUAAAAUGUCAUUUACUUAAAUAAAAGUUUCCAUAUAUUAUACAACAAAAUCCACUCAGAUUCCCAGAAUAUAUCAAAUGAUUACUUCUGCCUACCAUUUGCAUUAUAAAAAUAGGACUCCUUGUUGUCUUUUUCUGAAAAAUACACCCUUAUGACGUCAGCAAGUUAAGUGUGUGUUGCAGGGUUACUGAAAGGCAAAGAUAUUGCAAGUUUUGUUCCUAUUACCCUAAAUCAGUGGUUCUCAGAGUUUUGUACUGAUGAUCACUUUCACACAGCAAGGCUCUAAGUGCAACCCCCCCCCCUUAUAAAUUAAAAACACUUUUUUAUAUAUUUAACACCAUUAUAAAUACUGGAGGCAAAGCAGGGUUUGGAGUGGAGGCUGACAGCUCGUGACCCCCCAUGUAAUAAACUCGUGACCCCCUGAGGGGUCCCACCCCCAGUUUGAGAACCCUUGCCCUAAAUGUUACAUGCAUAUUUCAUUAGGAAAAUUUGUUUACUUCGCCUGCAGCCAUCCUUUCCUGCUGGAAAGGUCUUUUGUUGUAAAUUAUCACUAUGUUGAUAUUAUACUGUGAUGAAUGAACUGAAGUUUGAUAUCUCAAUUGUACAAGCAAGUUUUCUCUCAGUGGGUAAGCUACUGCUCUGACACACCAAAACCAAUGAGGUAAUUUGAGGCACCUGCAGUUCUGUGCCUCCAAUCCUGAACUCAGUGGAUUUACCAGUGUAAAUGCUAGCAGAAAAUGUGGCUUUUUUAUUUAACCUUUAGGCUAAUGAUAAACUUUCAGAAUGCAUGCUGUACUGGUAGUUAAACCAUUUUAUCCAGAGUUACUGAUGUCAAGCAACACCUAGGUAUGGGACGCUGUUUUAUAAAUUAGUGCUUCUCAGUGAAAUUUAAUGUGUAAUAGUUGAUGUAAAACAAAGUAUUUUUUUCUUCUGAAACAUCUGCUAAACUGUGUAGCACACAGAUUCUAAAUCUGUCAACCCUCAAAGGGAAUGUGAAGGAUCUUGUGAUGUUUAAGUAAUGAUAUGUCAAAUGCUAAUAUCUUUGUGUUUAUAAAUCAAGAUCCUCUCCAUCUGAUUGGUACUUUGCAAAGAGCAAAGUGUUUCUUACCUAGCAUCUUUAUUUAUUUUUAAUAAGUCAUUCAUGAUUUUGUUGCAAGUCACAAUAAAAAUAUCAACAGGAUU